AUGCGGAGCAGCUGCAGCGGAACUCAUUGUGAUCUGCAAGAUGGGAAGGAAGACGCGCUGGUCAUCAUUGUCGGUGGCCUCCUCGUGGGUUUGCUCCUCUUCUUCCUGCAAAACCCUGCCGGGAAGGACGGGCUGAGUGGAUAUGACUCGAGAAAGGGAGAGCAUUUUACGUGUCCGAGGGAUACGAGACCUCGUUUGAACUGCUCACGCACCCCUACUCUUCUGAUCGUCUCGAUGAACGGCUUCCGUCCGGACUUUUUGACAGAAGAGGCCAUGCCUCGGCUUUUCGCUUUUGCUCGAUGCGGGGUCUCCACGCCUUACAUGAGGACCUCCUUCCCAGCUCGAACUUUGGCGAAUCAUUACUCCAUCGUCACGGGAAAGAGAGCUGCAGCAUACUAUUGGCCAGGAGCUGAUUCGGACAUGACGGUCGAGAAGCCUAACUACUGGUUACCAUACAACGAAAAUACCCCUUAUUUGACGAGGGUUGAACAAGUGCUGAGAUGGCUCAACAUGACGGAUGCUCUCAGACCUCAUCUCGUUCAGCUCUUCAUAGAAGAUCCCGAGAGGACAGCCGAGACCUACGAUGUGAGAAGCAAGCAGAUGGAGGAAACUCUGAGGAACUUGGAUGUGCUGAUAGGGAUGCUAUUGGACAGCCUGGAAAACAUCGGUUGGAAGGAGUGCCUCAACGUAGUUUUCCUCUCAGCUCAUGGAACGAUUUCUGGGAGCAAGAACCAUGUCAUUGAUCUUCGUAAACGUCUUAAAAACAACUAUGUGGCAAAGACAGUCGUUGCCCAAGGCUCCCUUGCCAUGAUUUGGUUCACUGAUAGUACUACUUCUGAAUCCCGCCUCCAGCUGUUGAAAGAAUUGGAGUGUCGGAAUCCAAACCUGACGAUUUAUCGCCGUGAUCAGGCGCCAAAACGACAGCAUUACUUCGCAGAUAAAUGGAAGCCGGACUGGAUAGCGGAAGCCCAGCCAGGAUGGCAAAUCCUGGCGGGAGGAUCCAAAGCCGACGUCGCUGUCCAUGGCUAUGACACCAUUUAUCCCAGCAUGAACGGGAUUUUCAUCGCAAGUGGUCCUGCCUUCAAAAGACGGGUGAAAGUUCCGCCAUUCCAAAACAUCGAGUUAUACAACAUUUUCUGCCGGAUUCUGGAUCUAAGACCUGCAAGAAACAAUGGAACUACCGGUGCACUGCACGAAAUCCUUUCGGAGACCCUUACCAGAAGAUUUCGUGACAAGGACUACGACGAGGAGAAGGAAAAGCUGAGUCCUCCAAUCUUGUACCCAAGAAACGAAAGGAGUACUUCUUGCGGCUGCUCCCUCUCUUCAAAGAAAUCAAGUUCCCUCGAGAAAUCCGAGAAAGCGGAAAUUGAAAAGCGAUCGAAUGUGAGGCAUAUCCCAUUCGGAGCCCCAUUGGGACCUACGGAGGACAACUUCUCGAUCAUUCAGCUCAUUCAGAGGACAUUUGUCACUGGCUUUUCUCCCAAGCUCAAGCAAGAUUCAAUCCUGAACCCUAAAAUCGAUUUAAUUCUCUUUUCGUACACGGUAAACGAGUCCCGCAUCCUCAACUAUUCUUGUUGGUUCGCCGAUCAGGGACUGCCCGGAGACGAACAGACCCGAGUUGACCCCUGCUGGUGGGUGAAUGCUAUGUAUUCUCACAAAUCCUCGUCCUCUAGUCCUCUACUUCCAGGAACGCUUUUCCCUUUCGGAGUUGAGGGGGAGAUAUCCAGCGCUCUCGUCCCUUCACCGCAGGGAUUCCCAGCCGGCAACGCAGGGAGAGAGACUUUGAAAAGGCUCAUCGCGUUUCAUGGUCCCGGGCUACAUCUCCAUCUCGGCGUCGUCUUUGAUUCCAUCCACGUCGAUGCAAUUGCUGAUCCUCCUUCCGAAGUCGCUCGAUCUGGAAUCCCCCCUGUUCCGUCGGACAUCUUCGUGAUAGGAACCUUUUGCCGAUCAAGGGUCAAGGCUUUCCAAUGCCCUCACAGCGACCUGGACGUCAUGUCCUUCAUUCUCCCCAACGUCGACAACAUCUCGCCAUGUCAGUCUCUGGAUGAAUGGAUCAUUCGUCAUUCUGCAACCGUCAGAGACGUGGAAUUGGCCUCGGGACUCCGCUUCUACCCGAAAUUGCCCCCCUUGGACUCCCUUCGUCUCCGAUUACGCUUACCAGAACUCUCAUGGAGGAACAUCUUCUCCAAGGAUCACCAGAUAAACGAUUCCUGAGAAGAAAUUCUUUUCGUCUAGUCCGAGUGCAAUGCACAUUCGGUGUCUGAAAGACGCCGAUGACUUUAUUGUGGAAGAUUGAAAGACGGAGUGAAUGGCGUUUUGCGCCCACCAUCUAUCCUCUGUGCACCCCUCAAUGAUCUCGAAUGAAAUAGGUCUUCUAUGUCAUCCUGUGAUUCGUCAGCUCGGGUUUCCAUGCAGACGUUGGAUCUUCUUCUCAACAGCCUUCACGUACUGAGGAGGGACUUUGCUCGCUCUAAAAGUAAACCAACAUAUAUACAUAACUACGGGGAAACUAUACGUUUCAUCAUAUUAGAAAAUAAAGGAGGACAUUUCACCUGA